GUAAGAAAUGUCGCCUUUUUUUUUGAGAUUUUGCAACGACUUCCUCAGUCAGCAAGUUUCAUUGCACGCCUUCUUCUUCCGUCUGGUCCUAUGUCCUUGUAUAGUCUCCUUCGACUCCAUCACGCAGCAUCACAGUAAAAACAGCGCACAGCAGCACAGUCUGUAGUCCUCUUGAGUGACUGGCAGUCAUGUCUACCAAGACCGUUAAAUCCGCUUUACGCGACAUGCUGGAGGACUUGGAUGAAAAGCAGCGGAAAAAGUUCUGCGCCGCGAUCCUGGACCGCAGAGAAGAACCGCGGGUCAGACGCGCAGCUCUGGAGAAUAAAGAUAUUGUAGACAUCACAGAUGCUCUGGUCACACAUUUCACGGAGUCCGGAGCUAAAGAAGUGGCUCUGCAGACGCUGAGAGAGAUCGGCUGCAACGCUCAGAGAGAAAGCUUCGCCAAGGAUGUAGGUGGAGGAUCACUGACAGGAGGAGGAUCUGUUUCCAAGUAUGGAGAUGUGAUGAAGAUAGAAACUAAUGGAGCUUCAUGGCAAACAGCUCAGCAGGACAAGCUGAAGUACUCAGGUGUGAAGGCCUCACAUGCCAUGGCAGAGAGCGAUCUGAUAGAAAUGAACAAAUACAAAUCCAUCAUCAACAGUGCUGCUCGUAAGAAAGGAGUCGAUCCAGCUCUCAUCGCUGCCCUCAUCUCCAGAUCGUGCCGGGCUGGAAAGACGCUGGCGGGAGGCUGGGGUUGCUAUGAUGAAAAGAGACAGAAGUAUAACACCUUUGGGCUGAUGCAGAUUGAUGUCAAUCCAAAUGGAGGAGGACACACUCCAAAAGGCUCAUGGAACAGUGAGGAACACCUCUGCCAAGCCAUCGACAUCCUGAUUUAUUUCAUCAUACGCAUAAAGCAUACAUUUCCUGAAUGGAGCAAGGAGCAGCAGCUGAGGGGAGGGAUAGCAGCCUACAACGCCGGAGAUGAGAACAUCCUCUCCUAUGAAGAGCUGGACUCCAUAACCACAGGUGGAGACUACUCCAGUGAUGUCAUUGCCAGAGCUCAGUGGUACAAAUGCAAUGCUGACUUUUAAAACCUGAAGCUGCCGUCAACCUCUUAAAAAUCCAAAUCUAACACGGACAAAAUCACGACAACUGCCCAACUGUGGACUUAUGUAACCCCUGUUAAACUCAGUGACUCCAAGAUCAAGUUGAUAUUGCUGCACUUGAGUCCAACAUAUCUCAGUUUGAGAACCAAAGAAUAUAAAUGUAUUGAUUUUGGUAUGUUGCAGGCGAAACAAAUGAGCUUUUAACUGUAAGGUGCUUGGAUCAAGACUGAGACGCAGUGUAUGUCAAUGGAGAGAACAACACAUAGGUUGAAAAACAAAUUGGAUGUAAAUGAGGGAAUCUGAAAACUAUUUAAAUGUGGAGAUAAAGGAGAGCCACAGGAGGAAAAUUCAGGACAAAACUCAGGGGAAGGAGGCAUGUUUUAAAAUUUGUGGCUGUGGUGUAACUUUUCUGUUUUUGUGCAUCUUUACUUUGUGUUCUCAUAUGCUUUAUAUUGAUUUUGGCUCUAUAUGUAAGGGGGGUACUGAGGGAUAUUAAGUGUGUGUGUGUGUGUGUGUGGCAUUGAGAGUGUUAUGUUGCUGAAUAAUGGAAAUUCAAUAAAGACAUUGUUAAAAAAAAUUAAAACAAUUUGUGUCUCAGGAAGGUUAUGCAGAGCAUAUUAAAAAAAAAAACAAAAACUGACAGUGUCAGUUCCCUUACUGUGUAGUUUGUUUUGAUUUCCUGUUUUAUUCUUUUGGUUUUCCUUACUUCCUGUUUGUGUUCAUUUUAGGUGUCUUGUCUUCCCCUGUGUGUGAUUGCCCCAUUGAUUUCACCUGUGUCUCAUUAGCUCCUCCCCUCCUGUGUAUAUAAACCGGUUUCCCCAGUGUGUCUUUGUUAGAUUGUCUGUGUCCUAGUGUGUAGCCUUCUGGCGUUUUCCCUGUGAUUAGUUCUUUGUGAUUUUGACCUAGUUUGUUUCUUGAGACCUGGUUUUUGCCUUGCGAUUUUGUACUUUCUACUGCCUGCCUUUACUUAUUCUUGUGAAUAAACCGCCUCACCUCA